UUUUUUUUUUUUUUUUUUCACAUCAUUUGUUCAAUUUUCGAAAGGUCGGCAAAAAUAAAAAUCAAAUGUGAGUUCACGUGUCCAUAUUUUUAUACGGAAAGGAUGGGAAGGUUACAGAUCGUGCAAGUCCAAGAUUUCAAAAAGCAAAAACUAAAAAUUUAAAAACUCGCAGAGACCCAUCUACGACAUGUUGAGGGCACCUGCAAGCGACACCUCCUGCUUCUACGACAUUUUGAGGGCAGCUGCAAGCGGAACUUCCAACGACAAACUCCUUUAUGAAGUGAGAUGGCUUGAGUGGGAAGUCUUUGGAAGCAAUUCGUAUCUUCCGCCCUUCAAUUUGCAUCUACCGAAAUUAUCGGUGCUGAUGUUAUGGGGCAGCGGCUUCACACAGGAUUGGAAAGAAUGGAGUUCAUUCAUGGCGUCAAAGCGGCUCAAAAUUCUCGUGUUUAAAUAUUCCCCUAAUUUAAGAAGUACUCCUGAUCUGUCGGCUUUCACACAGUUGAAGAUUCUCAAAUUCAGCGGAUGUUGGGAAUUGGAGCAUCUCCACCCUUCUAUUGGCAAACUCACGACUCUUCCCAGUGCUAUUGGUUCUCUGAGGAAGCUGGAGAAACUGAGUGGUUGUAGGUCGCUGAGAGAAAUCCCUAGCUCAAUUGGGGAUUUACAGAAUUUGCAACAUCUUGACUUGAAAGUCUGGGAUCGAAAAACUUCCAAGUGA